AUGGCUCAUCUCCCUACUCUUUUCAAGUAUGUGGACGAACAUCAGGACCUUUACGUGCAGCGCCUGGCGGAAUGGGUGGGUGUCCAGAGUGUGUCCGCCUGGCCGGAGAAGCGUGACGAGAUCAAGAAAAUGAUGCAAAUGGCUGCCAAAGACAUUGAGCGGCUGGGCGGCACGGUGGAGAUGGUGGACGUUGGCAUGCAGAAGCUUCCAGGGGGGGAGGAGAUCCCUCUGCCCCCCAUAAUCCUGGGACGUCUUGGAUCGGACCCAGGCAAGAAAACGGUGUGCAUCUACGGCCACCUUGAUGUUCAGCCUGCCAACAUCGACGAUGGAUGGGACACGGAACCAUUCACUCUGGUGGAGAAAGACGGAAAGCUUUAUGGAAGAGGCUCCACAGAUGACAAAGGUCCAGUGUUGGCUUGGUUUAACGUCAUAGAGGCCUACCAGAAGAUCCAGCAGGAGCUUCCCAUCAACAUCAAGUUCUGCUUUGAGGGCAUGGAGGAAUCAGGAUCAGAGGGCCUGGACGAACUGGUCUUUGCGCGUAAGGACAGCUUCUUCAAGGAUGUGGACUACGUGUGCAUCUCUGACAACUACUGGUUGGGGAAGACAAAACCCUGCAUCACUUAUGGUCUGAGAGGAAUCUGCUAUUUCUUCAUUGAGGUGGACGGCUGUGAGAAAGAUCUGCACUCUGGUGUUUUUGGAGGCUCUGUUCAUGAGGCUAUGACAGACCUCAUCACACUUAUGGGCUCACUGGUGGACAGGAAGGGGAGGAUCUUAAUUCCCGGCAUGUACGACGAUGUGGCUCCCCUGACAGAUGACGAGAGGCAACUUUAUGAUAAGAUCGAGUUCGACUUGGAGGAGUACUGCAAAGACGUCGGCGUAGGACAACUACUGCACAGCACCAAGGAGCAAAUCCUAAUGCACCGAUGGAGGUACCCGUCGCUUUCUCUGCAUGGCAUCGAGGGCGCGUUCUCAGAUGCGGGCGCAAAGACUGUCAUCCCCCGCAAAGUAAACGGCAAAUUCUCCAUCCGUCUGGUGCCGGACAUGGACCCCAAAGUUGUGGAGAAGAAGGUUAUUGACUAUCUGAAAGAGAAGUUUGCCCAACUGCAGAGCCCCAACAAGCUGAACGUGUACAUGGGCCACGGGGCCAAAGCCUGGGUGUCCGACUUCAACCAUCCUCACUACUUGGCUGGUCGCAAAGCCAUGAAGACGGUCUUUGGCGUGGAACCAGACCUGACGCGCGAGGGCGGCAGCAUCCCCGUCACCUUGACAUUCCAGGAAGCGACAGGACGCAACGUCAUGCUUCUUCCCGUCGGCUCCUCCGAUGACGGCGCACACUCCCAGAAUGAGAAAAUCAACAGAUCUAACUAUAUUCAGGGGAUCAAGAUGCUUGGCGCUUAUUUCCACGAGGUGUCCCAGCUGGAGUAG